AAAAAAGUUUACUUUUACUCUUCUUGCUUCCGCUAUUCCACACUUGUGAUUUCUCACUAAAUUAAAGCUAUUUUCUUGUUUUUUCACAGUCAUGAGGAUCAAAGUCAAAUACACAGGCGCAGAAAGUAUCCAGGCAGUGAUCGAGGUAGGGCGCAGGGAGCUCGUCCAAAAUGUGCGCGCCCUUGCAGCAGACGCCCUGUCCGAGUCCUCUGGCGUGGAUUUUACCACCGAAAACCUGGGGCUGAUUUUCUUGGGCAAGCAGGUACGUGUUCGCUGUCAUGAUAAAUGUCCACCUAGUACCUCACCUUUUUGCUUGCUUCUUUUUUGCGACAGCGUGCUGUACACUAAGAAGGGAAGGGUUUUAUAUGUUCAUAUAAUGUGUAGAUGGCGGACGCAUGGAUUUGUUUGCAUACAACGUCAAUCACGGCGCCACGCUGGUCGCAAUGCUCAGGCAGCCCAGGCGCGAACCGAGUGCAGUGCUUGAAAGCGAGGCCGAGUCCCUGCAAUCAGCAAAGACACUUAAUACCACUGCUGGCGGCGAGUCAGUCGCAGAAAAGGCCGCAGAAAUGGUUGUAGAUAAAACCGACGAAACAAAAGAAGUCACAGCUGAGCCGGCUGCAAGCAACAACGAAGUCCCCGUGGAGCUCAAGUGUGACCAAUGCGACAACAGCCUCGAUUCCAAGUGCAGAAAGUGCGGCUGCUUUAUAUGCGGCGGCAAGGACGACGAGCCCCAUACGCUGGCAUGCGACGAGUGCGGGUACUACUAUCAUAUGCGCUGCCUGACAGAGUGGGGAAGCGGCAAGUCAUGUGCAGGCAUGUCAAAGAGCUGCACUGUCGUGCCGAGCAACCACAUUGGCUCUAUUCCGGGCGUACGUGUUGGUCAGUCGUGGAGCGAGUCGGGCGUGCACCGGCCCCCCGUGGGCGGUAUUGCUGGUGGGUCUACCACGCCCGCUAUGUCCAUUGUACUUGCUGGCGGGUACCCCGAGGACGAUGAUCACGGUGAAGAAUUCUAUUACACUGGGUCUGGUGGCUACGACCUGUCGGGCAACAAGCGUCAGGCCAAGACACAGUCGUUUGACCAGGAGCUGAUCCGCGGAAACAGGUCGCUGGCGCUUUCUUGUGCGGCGCCGAUCGACGAGAUAAACGGCGCCGUGGCCACCGAUUGGAAGCAGAGCUCGCCCGUCCGCGUGUGCCGCAGCUACAAGCUGGCCAAGAUGCACCCCGAAUUUGCGCCCAAGGAGGGCGUGCGCUACGACGGGCUGUACCGCCUAGUCAAGUACUGGCGUGAGAAAGGUGUCAGCGGAUUCUACGUCUGGAGAUAUUUCUUCCGCCGCGACGACUCUGAGCCAGCACCCUGGACUGAAGAGGGAAAGCAAAACAUCGAGCGCCUAGGCCUUUUCAUUCAAAGCCAAGGGCAAGACUCCCCAAAGGCUGCUGGCACUGCUGAACACACAAGCGCGCAAAGAUCCAGCCUCGCCGAGAUGAUACGGCUGGACAACCAGAACAUCCGGCUGUGGACGCAAAUUGCGCCAACACAACCAUGUACCACGCCCUGCGGCCACAACAUCUGUGCCCCAUGCCUGCGCACAUCGAUGAAAAAGUAUGGCAUUAUUUGUCCGAUGUGCCGCUGCGACAUUUCUAGCAUGGGAUCGGCAGACUCUGUGCACUUGCAUAUGAACCAGAACCUGGUUACCAUUCUCAAGGCGCUGAUUCCGUCGUAUGGUUUGAGUUGGGACUCUAAAUUCCAAGUGGCAUGUAUGCAGCGCGCUCUACGCACGGGCAUAACUGUCGAAAAGUAAAUGUAUUUUCUCUCUUUUUUCUUUUUUUCUUUUUUUUUUUUUUUCUUUUUUCUUUUUCUUUCUUUUUCUUUCUUUUUAAUAUUGCACAUCAAAUUGAUCCCAG